UCCAAUUUUUCACAUCCACACCGCAGACGAUGGAACAACAUAAACUUAUCACGUCCAAUUACUUAAAAACUUUAUCUUAAUUUUCUCCCGAUCGCUAUAAAUAAUACACGUUGACGUGUCAAUUAUUGCCUGAAUCGUUUCCCGCUUAAAAUAUUUAACGUUUUUUUUAAUCAGGCGGGCCAAAGAAAACCACGCCUUGCGGCCUUUCCAACCAUUUCAAAAUUAGAACUUAGUGAAACUCCCACUAUUGCCACCCAACACAAAACUAAUCUUGAGACAGUUAUUAUAAAGUGUUAUUUUCCUUCACCAAACUUAGGAACUUUGUUUUAGUAAUGUGAAGUCUAUGACUAAGAUAAUAAAGGUGAUUAUUAGGUUUUCUGGGAGUAUAAAUGGGUGUAUUCAGACGGGGGACGUUUUCAGAGUAUUUUUUGCGGCGGCACACACAUGUUGUUUUUGAGAUGAAGUAGCAAACCAGCCAGAUCGCGGCACAGACUCCAUUAGUUCGCACAUUAGUAUGAGUUAGUCGAAUUAUUUAAUUAAAUAAAGUAAUUCAAUAAGUGGGCGAAUUAAUAACAAUUAUUCGGUUUGGCCGCGUUCGAUCGGCGCGGGAGUGGACUCGCGGGUUUCAUACAAAACAAAAGUGACAGUGUUUACGAAAUAUCAUUUAUUUUCUAAUUUUUGUUAAAUCGCUUGAGGUGACUGGCGCUGAUGUAAAAUGGAUCAAGAUAAAGAAAUUCCAAACACACGACAGCCUGUCACAAAAAACUACGAGCAAAAAGUCCAAAACCCUGCCAACUACAACGUUAAUCCCGGGACCUACACGGAAAACAACCACAAUCUGUUCCAAAUGAUCAAGUGUCAUGAAGACAGUUUACUAAGACUUCACCACUUGACGGCCGGACGACAGAUCAAUAGCACUUACGAUCCGAGCUACCAGAACGACAUAACCUGGUACUCGAAAGACCUUCAACGACCAUACAUCAAACCAGUCGACUAUCUCGCGUACGAAGACAUGCGGAGGAAAUACGAAGACAAAGGCGCGAAGGAGAGGGAAGUACAAAAAGAGUCUGAGGAGGAAAGAGAAGUGAAAUCGGAUGAUCGGAAGAAGCCCCGGAGGAACAGGACUACGUUCACAAGUCAGCAGUUGGCGGCUCUGGAGAAGGUGUUCGAAAAGACUCAUUAUCCUGAUGCAUUUGUGCGAGAGGAUCUUGCUGCGAGGGUCAAUUUGACUGAAGCUAGAGUGCAGGUAUGGUUCCAAAACCGAAGAGCAAAAUUUAGGAGAAACGAAAGAUCAGCACUGUCCACUCACAGAAGCUCAACAAGUCAGAGUUCACCCGAGCCGAUCGCCGUUCCCAUUGGUAUCCCGCACCAAGACCCUAGACAAGACUUCUCCCGUAACACCAAAGAACCUUGGCUUCACCAUUUCCAGGCUAAUAAUUUAAAUCUGAACCUUGGCCUCCCUAUAGCUAAUACGAGCCUGUACCAAAACGACUAUUCUUUAAUGAUGCAGAAUGUUGGCAAUAGGCAAUACGUUCCGAAUUCAAAUAGUUUGAUGGGACAGAGUGUUCUUGGUUAUGGUAGUACGAGUGACAACGGAUACGGAUCUUGCGCUCUCGUCGGCGGUUACGGCGGUUCAUUACAGUCGGCUCAUCACAGUUCGUACAAUUUAAACUUGAGAUUAAGACCUCAUGAUUUUAGUAUAAAUAAUAUUACUUUAUGAGAUGAUUGUACAUAAUUUUCUAAUAUGUACUUAAUAAUAAAAGUGUAA